ACACUGCCGCCGCCUAUCUCGUGGUUUGGUGGAACAGAUUCAGCCACGUACCCCCCCCCAGGUCUUAUCUGGUCCGAGUUUUUUUCCUCGUCUAUUUUCUGUUCAGCAAGAGACAAGUGGGGCCGUCCACUUCGAACACUUUCCCCAUUUCGCUUCUCUGUUCUCUCCUCCCCUCCGCUCGCCGUCGGCCCUCCUGAAAUCUGAAGUGCUCUUCACCGGAAUUUCUCCGUUGCGCUGAAUCGGCUCCAAACAAAAGGACAAUUAAGAUACUCUAUUCACUGUGGAUGGAACAAGGAUGUACUAAGAAAAGAGCAGCAGAAGAUAUUGUACAUGGAGGGAAAAGAUCCAAGUGCAAUCAAUUUGAGCAUGUCAAAUCAUUUCUGAAGCUUGCAUCUGAAAUGAGUGACAGACACAACCAGUCUGUAGGUAGUAUGGGGUUUCAAAUAUUUCUAAAAAUAAUAAGCAUGUCCAAUAUCAACUCCAUUUACUUCUGGCUUUCAAACAAUUUCAACACUACUUCUUGCUCCACUUAAAUGGAAAAUGGACUCAAAUUCCCUAUUAGAACUACAACUGUUCACAAGAUUUUUGGCAUGCCAAUUGGUGGAGUUCCUAUCAUCACGAAACCAUCAGAAGCAACGUAUGAAUUCAUCAAGCACGAGUUAGGAACAACUUCACCCACUAUCGAGUACCUUUUCUCAAUUAUCAAUGAUGAACUUCCUGAAGAUAAAUACUGCCGAUUCUUCAUUCUGCUACUACUGUCACUGUUUGUUGCACCUAAUUCAAGUGGAGUUGUUACCAAGUUUGUCUAGAAUGCAGUAGUUGACAUAGACCGUAUUUCACAAUAUGAUUGGUGUUUGCUAUGUCUGAGCUACAUGGUUUAUUCAAUCAAAAAAGCAAAACUAAACAAGGCAAGCACCAAAAAGUUCAUUCCUGGAGGAUGCAAAUUACUUAUGGUGAUAUCCUAUUUCGAGUUCCUCAUAAUAAGUGAAUUGAAGUUGCCAAGCAUUGAACCAAGGCUACCACUAUGGUCGACAAACAUCCUAAUUCAUACAUGGCACUCGAUGCGCUCCAUGGCGAGAGAAACGAAUAUGGCAGACUACUGAUAAAACACAUUUCCUCUACUCCAUUCACUGAUUCAGUUAUCAUUGAACUUCCUAAAGAGAUAUCACAAUAUAUUGAAUCCAAAUUCACAGAUACUAGUAUGACACAAAGCUUGCUUGUUCGGAAUUAUUUGUGAAGACAUCAAGUUGAAAAACCACACCUCCCACUGAAGUUUCAGCAAUGUUGCAUCGAUUCUUGUCUGAAUCAAACCCCCCAAAACAAAGAGUAGAAGAAACAAAAUUUUGCUUUCCACUGUUCAAAUUCUUAUUACCAGGAGAGCAUUUGGAAGAUUUCAUUGAUGCUGAACUGGAUAAAGAGUUGUUGCUUGAUGAAAAUUUAGUUGCGUCUUAGAAUACUCUCAACAAUACAAUGCAUGCCAAUUCAAAUGGAGAGGCCGGUACAGUCACUCAAUAUGAAGUCACAGAUUCUCCUUCAUUUGAUGCAAUUACCAAUUCAAUUGAGUUAGUUCAUAAUGUUCCAUUUGCAUCUCGUUCCUCUAGUCAGUUCAGCCUCUCAGCAAAUUAGUAUAGCAUGCAUUGGCAUGCCAAUCCCAAUGUUCAUGGAACCAAGAGCCCUAUAAGGAUAAUGGAUUUCCUAUCACCGAAACUCUACCCAAAUAAUAUUGCCAUAGCUAUUGAAGAUUCUUUGCUAGUUAAAGCACUCAAACAACAUGAAGCACAUUCCAGUAAGUUUUCAAAACCAGAAACUUCAACUUGGCAACAACGUGUGAACAAUUCUUUCAAAUCUGCGACACUAGUAAUUCAAGAACCCAAAAAGGCUGGGCAACAGGUCAUCUUUUCAGAUGGAAUAGAGAAUGAUUUCUACCAAACAUUGGUUGGACUACUUCCCAAAUUAACUGUCAGCCAAAGAAUAUUUGAGAUUGAAGGAGUUUGGGUGGAUCAGAAAACAAUAACUCUAUCAUUCAAGCCUGGUGGUUGGAUAAACCCUCGGGUUGUUGGCUGUUUUCCAAAACUAAAGAACAAAGACCAGCUGAACCGAGGAAGAAAAGGCCUCCUACCAAACAGUGAAAUAGUAGAGCACAUAGUUAGCAUUGACGACAUGGAGAAACUAAUGAACCCAAUGCUAAAUCAUUCAGAUCCUGCGAAUAAACUAAUCUUACAGGAAAGUAAUGUUGACUUCAGUUUAUUGAAUGCUUCCUUGGUAAAAAUGCCCGUAUUCAAGGAAAAACAAUGGAUUUUAAUCACUACUAACUUCAGAGCCAAAUUUUUUGAUAUCAUGAACACGUACUACAGUGGUGAUACAUUUCUACCAACAAUUAGUGCAGUUAUCUACAACUUCAAGGUCUUGUUUGCUGCUACAUAUGGAAAUUCUACUUCUUUCAACAUAGGUAAUUUUGAAUCAAGAUUUGUAGCAGCUCCCAAGGUCAAUUUCAGGUAUGACUCAGGAAUUUUCAUUCUGCAGUAUGUUAGCAAGUAUAAAGGUCUUGAAUUGCUGGGGUUCUCUAAUGAUGAUUUACAAGCUCUACGUCAAAAAUUCCUUUUUGAGAUUGUAACAUGCAAGGACAAUGAAAUUCAACUACCGUUAGUAACUUCUUUCCUGCAGCGACAUGGUCUCAUUAAUAUUGUCACCUUCAACGGAAGUGCACUGCAAGAUUCAACUCAAAGGAAUACUUCCAUGGGAAAAAAAUUCCUUACUGAUAGAGCUAUCUUUUUUUUCUCUUGCUGAUCUAGUGAUAGUUUCUCCAAGACCUUCAGCUGUAAACAAUGUCCGAAAACAGCUGAAACAGUUAUGAAAAUGAGCAGUAAGACAUGUACAUUUUUUUCCGUCUUUCAUGACGCCUUGGUGAUACUAUUAUCACUCAAUUUCAUCAAGGUGUAAGCUUACCACUUUUAUGAUAGUUUUAGAAGUACCACUUUUGUAAUAAAUGUAAAAUGAAAUUUCA